UAUGAUGGAACAGAGAAUUAGUAAAUGUAGCAACUCUGUCUUUUGUCAAACCCAGAGAAUUAGUAAAAGUCCAAACGAUUUUCUAUUUGAUUCUUGAGAAACUCAAUAGUUGAAAAAUAAUUAAAAUAAAUUCUUGAAAUUCCCCCAGAAAGGAACGAAGCACAUAAAUUUCUAAUGGAUUUGGGGGAGCUGUGGGCCAUAUUCGGACCCGGAGUUUCCGGCGCAGUUUUCGGCGCCGGCUGGUGGUUUUGGGUGGAUGCCGUCGUUUGCAGCUCCGUCAAGGUCUCCUUUGUCCACUACCUUCCAGGAAUAUUUGCAUCUUUGGCUGCCUUGAUGUUCAAUUGCGUUAGGAAAGAGGACAUUGACUACUCUCCGUACGAGGAAGGCGAGUGGAGGUUGAAGCUGUGGCUUUUCAUUGCAUAUGUUGUAUCUUUUGUUUCAUUGGCAGCUUCAGUGGGCUUAUUAAUACAAGACUCUCUUGUGAAAACUGGUCCGUCUGCAUGGACAGGAGUUGCAGGCGUUCUCCAAUGUGUGUUUGUGCUUAUAAGUGGGCUGAUUUAUUGGACUUCACAUACGGAGUAAAACGAGGUGGAGUGUACAUGUUUGAGGCUUUAGAUUUGUAUACUACAUACUCUGUGCAUGUGUGGUUUACUUGAUCAAGCUUGGUAUCUAAAGCGCACGAUUGCCAUGUACAAGUGUAUUUACUAACUGGAUACAAGUUAACCUUGAUGUUUCUGAAGUAAAGCACAAUCAGAUCUCUUUUCAUUUGA